CAUCAAUUCUCUUUUUUUUUCCUUUCAUCUACAGUUUUAAUUAAUUCUUAAAUUUGGAUUCUGUCGAAUGGAUUUGUUCAAUUUAUGCAGGAAAGGGUAAGUUUUUUGGAAAAAGGAGGCAGCAAAAAUGGUUGACAAAACAAAGAGAAGAAAGGAAGAAGUUGUUACUAGGGAGUACAACAUUAAUCUCCACAAACGUCUUCAUGGAUGGGAGGAGAAGCCAGAGGAACCAGAACAACCAAAAUAUCGUGACCGUGCAAAGGAACGGAGAGAAGACCAGAAUCCUGAUUAUGAGCCUACUGAUCUGGGAUUUCAUGCUGUUGCUCCUCCUGGAAAUGUUGAUCUCAAGUCUGCUGAUUCGCACAAGUUAGCUAUUGAGCGGAGCAAGUACCUUGGAGGUGAUGUGGAGCACACUCACUUGGUGAAGGGUUUGGAUUAUGCUUUACUUCACAAAGUAAGAAGUGAGAUGGACAAAAAACCAGAAACAGAAGAAGAUACUGAUGGAAAACAAAGAUCAGCUAAGGAUGACCAGCCUGUAUCAUUUCGAACAACUACUGCAAAGUCUGUAUACCAAUGGUUGGUCAAGCCUCAAAGUGUUAUCAAAACAAACGAGAUGUUUCUUCCUGGACGAAUGUCAUAUAUUUUUGACAUGGAAAAUGUCUAUUCCCAUGACAUCCCAACUACAUUGCAUAGAAGUAAAGCUGAUUGCCCAAUACCCGAGGAAAUGGUUACUGUAAAUGUUGAUGGUUCCGUGCUGGACCGGAUUGCAAAAAUUAUGUCUUACCUCCGUUUAGGAUCAUCUGGAAAGGUUCUCAAGAAAAAGAAAAAAGAAAAGGAAGUCAAAGGAAAGCUGACUACUGUUAUCAAUGAGUAUGAUGACCUUGAGAAACCAUCAAAACCUGAUAGCCUAUCAACAAAGAACCACAAUGUGGGAAAUUUUGCCCCACCACCCCCACCUCUGAAAAAGAAUACUCUGGAAUCAAGAGAUAAGCAAGGUCCUGCAGUUGCUCGAGUUGAAGAGGACGACAUCUUUAUUGGUGACGGUGUAGAUUAUGAAGUCCCAAGCAAAGACAUGAGUCAAAGUCCCAUUUCCGAAGACAUGGAAGAGUCGCCUAGGAAUAAGGAUGGACCUUCCUAUUUCAACGAACCUGUUUAUGGUCCAGUGCCACCUUCUAAUCCUUCUCAAGAUUGGAACCAGGCUAAUGUCUAUGAUGCUGCUUUACAAACUCAAGCUCUAGGUGGGGCAUAUCAUGGGGAGUGGCAGGACUACCAAUAUUCUGAUCAGUUAGCAUAUCACGAUCAGUAUGCUGAUCAGUAUCUCCAACAGAUGCAUGCUUAUGACAUGCAGGCAAAUGAAAAUGUCCUUCAAGAUCCUAGUAUCAUGACUCAAGAAGAGAAGGACCGAGGAUUGGGGUCAGUGUUUAAGCGGGAUGAUCAAAGACUUCAACAAUUGAGGGAGAAAGAUGCUCGGGAAAAGGAUCCCAACUUCAUAUCUGAAAGUUAUUCUGAAUGUUACCCUGGUUAUCAAGAGUACAAUCAUGAGAUCGUAGACAGUGAUGACGAAGGCGACUUAUCAAAAAUGGAUAUGGGCAGUCGUGCCAAAGGUCGACUUCAUCGUUGGGAUUUUGAGACGGAGGAGGAGUGGGCCCAGUACAACGAGCAAAAGGAAGCAAUGCCGAAAGCUGCUUUUCAGUUUGGUGUAAAGAUGCAAGAUGGGCGAAAAACACGGAAGAACAAGGACCAAAAGCUCAACAAUGAUCUUCACAAGAUUAACAAGAUCAUUGCUCGGAAAAAAGGGGAGAAGGGAGAGAAUCCUGAUAGUUCAACUUUUGAUGAUGCACAGCCUGCAGGAAAAAAGCUUCGCGUAUGAAGUUAGCAGCUAUUCAUUUCUGUUAUCGAUUGCUGUUAUAUGAAUUUUUCAUGUAGGAUCGUUCUUGUAGGAUUAUGAAGCAUACUAGUAUCUAUAUAAAAUGUAUUUUAUCUUAAACUUUGUGCACUUUUUGACUUAUACUUGUGCUUUUCUCAAGCUUUUACAAUUUAGAUUGUGAAUUUGUGAUAGCAAUAAUAUCAUUAUCAUCGUAUUCAGUA